AUGGAAAGAAAGAAAAGAAAAAAAGAUACUUAUGAUGAAAAAAGUGAUGAUAUCGAUUCCUUGAAUGAGAUUGAUAGAGAAUUGUUUGGAGAAGAUGAAUUAAAAAUAUUAGAAAAAGGAUAUAAAGAUGUUUCAGAAGAUAAAGAAGAAGAUAACGAUUAUUAUAUAGAUAAGGAAAUAUUGAAUGUCACAAAUAAUGAUGAUUUUAUACAACUUGAUGAUAUUUAUGAAUCUGAUAAUAUUACUAGUGAAGACAAAAGUGUGAGUAGUGAUGUAGAAAUUAUUGAAAUAGAUAGUGAGGUGUCAUCAAAUGAAAAAGAUAUGAAAAAAAAGAAAAAAAGGAAUUCGAAAAAUAAGGAUAAAAAAAAAAAUGACACUAAUAAUGACAAUAUUAAAAAUAAUUAUAGGUUAAAUAAAAAAAGUGAUGAUGAUAUUCCAAAUGAAAAUAAAUUAUUUUCUGUAGAUGAAUUAAGAAAGUUUAAAGAUAUGAGAUAUAAAAAUGUGCAAAAAAGAAUAGAAGAAAAUAAAUUAAUAACAUUUUUAUUAUGUUGGAUUUGUCAUCUUUAUUUUUUAAAUAAUAUUUGUAACAAUAAAUUAUUACAAGGUUUGAUAUAUUCUGUAUAUGUAAAUUAUAAAGGCACAAAAAAAUUAUAUAAGGACCCGAUAUAUUUAUUUUUAUUUAUAAAGAAUUAUUUUGAAUUAACAAUUGAUAGAAAAUCAUGGAUUAUAGGUGAUAAAAUUCUUUCAAAGUAUUUCAAAGGAUCAAUAAUAUUUAGAUUAAUUAGGUGUAUACACAGAAAAAAAGGUAAUAAUGUUUUGUUAAAUUUAAUUUUUGUUUCUUUAUGUAGAUGUUUAAAUAUUCCUAGUCGUAUAUGUAUGUCUUUACCUAUGCUAAAAGAUGAAAUCUAUAGUAUAGAUAAUAAUGAUCAUUUUAUUAAAAAAUGUUAUCAUAAAUAUUCUGAAGAGUUUAAUCAAAAUAUUUUUUUCAACGAUUUUAUGAAUAAUAUAGAGACAUAUAGUAGUGACAAGGAAAACGUUUUAAAUAAUGAAGAAGGAGAUAUAAAUAAUUACAUGAACAAUGAAAACAAAAACAAAAACAAAAACAACAGCAACAGCAACAGCAACAAUAAUAAUAAUUAUUAUUAUUAUCACAAUGAUGAUGUUAUAAUCAUUGAAAAAGAAGAUUUUAUUUUAAAUAAAAAAAAAAAAAGUUUGAAAAAUUAUAAAACACAUGAAACUACACAAUAUCAUAUUUUUGCAGAAUGUUAUUCUUCUAGUUUUAAUAAAUGGGUUUCUUUUUUCUUUCCUUUUAAUGUAUAUUAUUUUAAUUUCUUUAAUUUUUCAAAAAAUGAUAAUACAAAUAAUUAUGAAAGUAAAAUAUUUCAUAUACUAUUGCCCCUACCAAAAACAUCAGAAGAAAUAAAAAUAUAUAAAAGUGAAAAAACAAAAAAUAACUUAAAUAAAUUUCCACAUUCACUUUUUUACAAAAAAAAUAAAAAAGUAAAAGAAUACAUAUCUGAACAAUCUAGUGAUCAAAGUUCUAUUGUAUCAAUUUAUUCUUAUGAUGAAAAUGAUAAAAAGGAAAAACACCAGAAGGAUAAAUAUAUAAAUAAUCAGGUUCAAGAAAGUGUAUGUAUUCAAAAAACUCAUAAUAUGUUUAAAAAGACAGAAAUGUCUUCCAAUAAAAAUAUAGAGCCAACUCAAGAUAACAAUUAUAUAAUACAUAAAGAUUUAGUGAGAAGGGAAAAAAAUAAUAAUAAUAAUAAUUAUGCAUCAUCUAAUAUAUUAAAAGAAACUAAAUAUCAUAUAACAUCUCAUCCAUUUGUUAAUCAAGAUUUAAAAUUAAAUAAAUUAGACAAUAAAAAACAUUCUCAUAAAAAUUUUCAUAUUUUAUGUGAAAAUUAUAAGGGAAAAAUGUAUAUCGAAAAAAAUAACAAAUUUUUUAUAUAUGAUAAAAAAAAAAAAAAUAUAUUAAGAAUUAUUUAUUUACAAUAUAAUAUAAAAAAAAAUGAUGAUAUGAAAAGAAAAAAUAAAAAUAACAUAAAAGAUAAUUCAAAAUUUGAUUCCUUUCAUAAUGUUCAUGAUAAUAUAUUUGAUUUUGAAGAGGAUGAAGAACAUAUGAAUAUAAAGAAUUCAUUAGUUGAUAUAUAUAGUACAAAUGAUACAAAAAAAUUUCUUUUAAAUCAAAUUAUUGAAUUAAAAAAUGCAAAUAAAAAAUUAAAAAAAGAAUAUAAUAAUAAUAAUAAUAUAUCUAAUCAUUUGACAGAAUAUGAUGAAAUUAUUUAUGAUAAAUUUGGAGAUAUAUCAAAACUAAAUUCAUAUGAAAAUAAAUAUAUUAAAGUUUUUAUAAAUUCAAAUGUUUAUAAAUAUUUCUAUAAUUUGGAUCAUUAUAAUUUAUAUCUUUCUAUUAAUAAAUAUAAUAUAUUAAAAGAUAUAAGUGUAAGACACAAAUUAAGAUGUAGUACUAAUAGUAAUAAAUCUAAUACAAUUAAUGCAAUUAUUAAAGGAGACAAACAAUGUAAUAUUAUCAGAGAAUCUUUUAGAAAGUUAUGUUUUUAUACAAAUAAGAAAUAUUAUAAUAAUUUAGAACUAUUAAUAGAUAAACGAGAUGAAGAUUAUUUAUAUAAUUUGUAUGUAACUAAUAUGAUACCUAAAGAAAAAACAGAUUUCUUAAAAUCAAACUAUUAUAUAUUAAAAUCCAUGUUAAAAAAAAAUCAAGUCAUAUAUCCAAACAAACCAGUUGGAUUAUUUAAGGGUGAAAAUGUAUAUUUAAAAGAAAAUUUUUAUAAUCUAACUAGAAGGGAAUACUUAGAAAAUAAGCAUUAUUAUUUAAGUGAUAGUGAGGAACCUUUAAAUUAUGAAUAUGAUGAAUAUAAUAAAAUUAAAAUUCCUUUAUAUGCUCAAUUCCAGUUGAAAAAAAGAAUUAAUAGAAAUAGAAAAUAUGAAAAUUGUCUUCUAUCAUUAGGACCAAAUGAAAUUAUAAGUAAUGACACAACUCAAAGUAAUAAUGAUAUUAAUAAUAAUUUAUUAGGGAUGGAUGAACAGCAUUUUGAUUAUAUAUAUGAUAAAAAAGAUAAAUUAGAUAUUUUAAAAAAUAAACUAUUUGCUCAUAUUAAAGCAAAUACUAUUAUUGAAUUAAAUGAAGAUGAUAUUUGUAUUUAUAAUAUACAAUUAAAGUAUAUAUUAAAACAUAUUAAAGGAAUUAUUCCAUAUAAAUUAAUCUAUAAUAAUUCUUAUUUCCUUUAUAACAAAUUUCGUAAGAGACAAAAUGUAAAAGUAGACGUUAAUAAAAUUAUUAUCAGAAAAAAAGACUUUAUCUCUUUUCAAAAUUUAUAUGUGCCCCCAAAAAAAACACAAGAUGAAUUUCUAAUCAGAGACAAAACAAAACAAAUCAAAAAUCUAUGGAAAGUAUUGUUCAAAAGUAUAAUGUAUGAACAAAAAAAUAAACAAUUAUCCAUACAGAAAAAAAAGGCAAAAAAUAUUUAUAAAAUGAAAGAUUUCAAUAUGGACGUUGAUAGAUAUUUUGAAAUUUGA